AAGUGGCUGUCACUGUCAACAUUCUUUUUCUUUCGCGUUCUUUCGAGUUGUGACGUUAAAGUGAGGGAAGGUUACUCCUUUCAAAAUGUCGAAAGUGUCGCGUGAUACACUCUACGAAUGCGUAAAUGCCGUUCUCCAGUCUUCAAAAGACAAGAAGCGUAACUUCCUGGAGACAGUGGAAUUGCAAAUCGGUCUGAAGAACUAUGACCCCCAGAAGGACAAGCGUUUCUCCGGCACUGUCAAGCUCAAGUACAUCCCGAGACCAAAGAUGCAAGUUUGUGUUCUUGGAGACCAACAGCACUGUGAUGAAGCUAAACAGUUGGAAGUUCCAUGCAUGGAUGCCGAGGCCCUUAAGAAGCUUAAUAAGAACAAAAAACUUGUCAAGAAAUUGGCCAAGAAGUAUGAUGCUUUCCUUGCAUCGGAAUCCCUCAUUAAGCAGAUACCACGUCUGCUCGGUCCCGGUUUGAACAAGGCUGGCAAGUUCCCUGGUCUUCUCUCUCACCAAGAGUCCAUGACUCAGAAAAUUGAUGAAGUGAAGGCUACCAUCAAAUUCCAGAUGAAGAAGGUACUCUGCCUUUCUGUCGCAGUGGGUCAUGUAGAUAUGACUCCAGAUGAAUUGGCACAAAAUGUCCAUUUGUCGAUCAACUUCCUUGUGUCUCUGUUGAAAAAGCACUGGCAAAAUGUAAGGUCACUGCAUAUGAAAUCUACCAUGGGCCCACCUCAGAGGCUGUACUAAUUGUACUUCUCAAUAAAAAUUGACUUUUAUCUUU